GAGCAAAACACGGCGAUUUGUGUUGUCAGUAGGCUUGGGUGUGCAGAACCCGCUUUCGCAGAUGAAUUUAUGUACAGGCUGUCGGCCAUCGGGUCUGCGGAUUUAGUACUCGAAACCCGUCGAGGAUCCGAUCUUUUUCCAUUUGGACCAGUAUACGAGACCACAAAAACACCAUAGUAGGCUCUCAUCUCUCAUUAUUCGUCAUCACAAACUCAUGCAGAUGAUUAAUUCGUGGUUCCAGGGCGGUCCGAGCUUUAGAGAUGAGCCCGUGUCGCUCAUGGAUAGCUGGCGCGCGUACGAGGCUCAGGGUGGCGGUCUAGACAUGGAGAGUGGCGAGGGCUCGUCAUCUUCGGUGCCUGGGGGUGGGGGAUCUUCAGGAGCCGCAGGAGGUAGCGGGAUUCCCGGACUUAGCUUUGACGCUUUCACGCCGUAUUUUCAGAACGCGUCGGACUCCGUGAAUGCGACAUGGUCCAGUGUGUCGAAGAACGUGCAGGAGUUGCCAGGAAGCAUCCAGAAGCAGGCGAGCGCGCUGCCGUCGCGGAAGGCGCUUAUGUACUUCAUGCUGGUGCUGGCGACGGGCGUGCUCUUCCUCUUCCUCGCCUUCUCCAUGUUCCUCCCCGUCAUCGUCCUCGCGCCCCAGAAGUUUGCCGUCUGCUUCACCAUCGGCUGCCUGCUCGUCGUGGGCUCCUUCUUCGUGCUCAAAGGGCCCAUGGUGCAGCUCAAAAACAUGACCUCCACUGAGAGACUCCCAUUUUCGCUGUUUCUCACUGGGAGCAUGGUCAGCACAAUAUAUUGCUCAAUGGUUCUUCACUCCUAUCUGCUUUCAGUUAUAUCAUCUGGAGCUCAGGUCCUUGCACUUGUUUACUAUGUCGUGUCUUUCUUCCCUGGCGGCACCACUGGCUUGAGGUUUCUCACAUCCAUGUUUACAUCAGCUGCUUCUAGUCUAAUGAGAUAAUCUACUCUACCAAACUAAGUAUACAUGCCUAGCGUAAUUGAGUUUCUAGGUUGACCUCUCUGUAUCUAUUUGAUUUUCCGAAUUGGAUGAGGGACUUGCC